GCAGGAUGGACAGGUCCAGCAGCCUCUCGGCGUGAGGCGAGGGCCGCGCCGCCCGCCUGGUCGAGGCCCGCCCGGGGCGCCCGCCGCGGCCGCGGAGCCAAUGCGGCGCGGGGCGGGGAUUGUUUACGUCUCGCUCGGGAGCGGAAAGUAGGUCACGGCCGGCGGAGCGUGGCGGCGGCGGCGCGGCUGCAGGUUUUAUCAGGGUGCUUGGACACUGGAGUGAGGUGCGAGCUUGGGAAGAGAAUUCCAGAGCCCUGGCUUGGCAUCUCCUAUCGGAUCCUGUCCACCAUGGCCAGGCGUCCCCGGAGCAGCAGAGCAUGGCAUUUUGUUCUGAGCGCAGCCCGUCGAGAUGCAGAUGCCCGGGCUGUGGCUCUGGCAGGGACCGCUAGCUGGGACUGUGACUCUGAUGGGCAGUGGGCUUGGGGCUGCCUCCUGCCCAGGGGCUGGUGUACCGGUGCUGACCGGGUUAGCUCCAGGGCCUGCGGUGCAGGCUUCUGGCUCAGUAGAAAGGCGUUGCCUCUGGUCAGUCCUUCUCCUUGCGCCGUGCCUGUGACCGGGGAGUCCUUCUGUGACUGCGACAGCCAGAGCGAGGCGCCCUUCUGCGGUGGCCUGCACGCCGUGCGCCGGGGCAGGGACUGCCACUGCGGCGAGGAGGACGACCAUUUCGACUGGGUCUGGGAUGACCUGAGUAAGUCCUCGGCCACCCUGCUGAGCUGUGACAACCGUAAGGUGGACUUCCACACGGAGUACAGCUGCGGCACUGCGGCCAUCCGGGGCACCAAGGAGCUGGGGGAGGGCCAGCACUUCUGGGAGAUCAAGAUGACCUCGCCCGUCUACGGCACAGACAUGAUGGUGGGCAUCGGGACGUCAGACGUGGACCUGGACAAAUACCACCACACGUUCUGCAGCCUGCUUGGCAGGGACGAAGACAGCUGGGGUCUCUCCUACACAGGCCUCCUCCACCACAAGGGCGACAAGACGAGCUUCUCCUCACGCUUCGGCCAGGGCUCCAUCAUCGGGGUGCAUCUGGACACCUGGCACGGGACGCUGACUUUCUUUAAGAACAGGAAGUGCAUAGGGGUGGCGGCCACCCGGCUGCACAACAGGAAGUUCUACCCGAUGGUGUGCUCCACGGCGGCCAAGAGCAGCAUGAAGGUGAUCCGCUCAUGCGCCAGUGCCACCUCCUUGCAGUUCCUGUGUUGCUACCGCCUGCGCCAGCUGCGACCUGACUCAGGAGACACGCUGGAGGGCCUGCCCCUGCCACCCGGCCUGAAGCAGGUGCUACGCCACAAGCUGGGCUGGCUUCUCAGCACAAGCUGUGGCCGCCACCAGCCUCCCGCAUCCUCACCCAAGGCCCCCACACACCCUGCCAGCCCCGGGCCCCGGCGCUGCCCAAGGAAGCGCUGCCAAAGGACCUGACUGACCUUCUGGGGUCCGCCGCCUCCUGGGGCUGGGCAGCAUCCCCUCCGGCCCUUCCUCCAGCCACACUCUGGGGCCACAGCAGACGGAGGAGCUGGGCUGAGGGCCAUCCCGACUGUACCCCUGCGCCUGAGGCUGUCAGACCCUGAGGGUUAGGGGCCACAGGCCAGCAUCCUGAGAGCAGGAUUGGUGCACCUGUGUGCCACGGGUGCUGGGUGUGCAGACAGGUGCUGCCCCGGCUCCUGCGGACUCAGGCUGCAGGCCUGGGAGGCCGGGCCUGCUGCCUGGACAGUCUCCUUAGGGCCUGCCGUCCCUGCCCACGGCCUCGGGUUUUUCUAACUUGCUUUGCAUGUUGUCCGCUGUUCUUGUCUGAGACUGAAACAGUGUAAUAAACUGAGUUUAUGUCCGA